CACUGACUGACACUGAUAGGCAACACUGACUGGCAUUGAUAGGUGGCACUGACUGGCACUGAUGGGUGACAUUGAAAGGCAGCUCAGAUGGGCACUGAUAUGUGGCAUUGAUGUGCACUGGUAUGCACUGAUAUGUGGCAUUGAUGUGGUACUGAUGGGCACUGGCACGUGGCACUAAUGAGCACUGACAGGUGGCACUUCUGGGGCCACACUGAUCAUCAGUGCCCUGAUGAUCACUGUCAGCGUGACAGCUCAAGAGGAGAGAAAAUGACGAUAACCGGCUUUUCCGUGUUUACAUGUGAUCAGCUGUGAUUGGACA